AUGGCUUCCAAGAGAAGAUCUUGUAAAAAUAAACCCGACGUAUUUUGCUAUAUCUGCGGUGAAUACACACUUGUUCAUAACAGGAAUCAAGUCACAUGUUUCAUAAAGCGUGCUUACCAUGCUUAUUUUGGUAUUAAACUUGGUGACCAGGAUAAAGAUUGGGCGCCACACAUGGUAUGCAAGGCUUGCACCGUGUAUCUGCGUCAGUGGACCAAGGGCAAGAAGACGUGUCUGAAGUUUGGAAUUCCCAUGGUUUGGCGGGAGCAGAGAAACCAUGACACUGACUGCUACUUCUGUAGCAUCGAUCUGACUGGGAUAAACAGAAAGAACCGAAGCAGCCUCGAGUAUCCUGAUUUGCAGUCCGCACGUCGUCCUGUAGCUCAUUGUGAUGAUAUUCCAGUACCUGUGUUUCACAAACUUCAAGACAUCAGUGAUGACGAAUCCUCCAGUGAUGAAGAUCAGGAAACAGAAGAAGAAUGGCCAGUUGUUGACGAUGAAACUCCACAGCUUUUUUCCCAACAGGAGCUAAAUGAUCUAGUUCGCGACCUCAGCUUGUCAAAGGCCUCUGCUGAACUGUUGGCAUCCAGAUUGAAAAAAAACCUCCUCUCUGGCUGUGCUCGCAUCACCCUGUACCGCAACAGGCAUCAAGAGUACCUCCAAUUUUUCUCGGAGGUGCAGGACUUGGUGUACUGCACAGAUAUUGCACAGCUUCUGCACCACCUGGGAGUGCCGCAGUACAAGCCCGAAGACUGGAUACUGUUCAUUGACAGCAGCAAGCGGUCACUGAAAUGUGUUCUACUGCACAACGGCAACCAGUUUGCCUCUGUGCCCCUUGCUCACUCUACUAAACUGAAGGAGAAGUAUGAAGCGGUGAAGUAUGUGCUGGAGAUGAUUCGUUAUGAUCAGCAUAAGUGGGUUAUUUGUGUCGACCUGAAGAUGGUGAAUUUUUUGUUGGGGCAACAAUCCGGGUUCACCAAAUACCCAGGUUUUCUGUGCAUGUGGGACAGUAGAGACAGGAUACUCUUCCCACCACUGCACAUCAAGCUUGGCUUGAUCAAGCAGUUCACAAAAGCUCUAGACAAGGAAGGUGGCUGCUUCAAUUACAUGUGCCAGACAUUUCCGGGAGUAACCAUAGUGAAGUUAAAAGCUGGUAUCUUUGACGGUCCUCAAAUCCGUCGGCUCAUCAGAGAUCCAGAGUUUGAAAAGUCAAUGAACAAAGUGGAACAGGAAGCAUGGAAUGCUUUUGUUCUCGUUGUGAAAAACUUCCUUGGCAACAACAAGGCCAGAAACUAUGCUGAACUUGUCAACAAUAUGGUGACUGCUUUCAAAAAACUCGGAUGCAACAUGAGCAUCAAACUGCAUUAUCUAUUUUCACAUAUGGAUCGUUUUCCUGAGAAUCUUGGAUCAAUGAGCGACGAGCAGGGAGAGGGAUUCCACCAGGAGAUGAAGGAGAUGGAGACCAGGUAUCAGGGACGUUGGAAUGCCGUCAUGAUGGCUGAUUACUGCUGGACUCUAAAGAGAGACAUCCCUGAUGCUGAGCAUUCCAGGGUAUCCAAUAAACGGAAGUUCCAGCCCUAA